UGUAGAAACACGUCCGGCCACUAUAACGCAGUACAGUUUCCGUCGUGACCGUCGACGGGAUGACUGUCAUGAAUUCGAAGAAGUUGGGUUUUGCGAUUUUCGCGGCUUUGUCGUUCCAGGCCGCCCACACCGCGGGCGCGAAAGAGCAACCCCAUUCGAUAACCACCACCAACACCACCGCCAAACCCACCAUCACCACCAUCAACAACUCCGCCAACACCACCAACACCAUACAACACCACCAACAUAAUAGUAGUUACUUUGUUGUCAGCCACGUGGGUUCGGCGAUCCGAGCCCGAUCACAGGAGAUGGCCGUCGGAGGUCCAAAUCCGUCCCUACAGGAGUCGGCGACAGGUCUAUCGGAAGGACGAGGGAGGAAAAAGAAAAAGAAGAAAAAGAAGAAAAUCAAAAUCAAAAACCCUUCUAUGAACAUGAUGAUCGGCGGCAGCAUGAUGGCAGCUUUCGUCGUGAUAUUCACGUUUUUGAACAUGAUAACCGUGACGCUUGGAAAAGCGCUGUUUUUCACGUUCGUCGCCAAGUUUUUGAUAUCUGUAAAUUGGAAAUCGACGGAAUCCUCGUCCAAGAAAAAAUCUUCUCGUAAUGACAUAACGGUUGUAAUGACCUAAAAAACUUUUACUGCCAAAAUAUUUUUAUUUUUCAGUAACAAAU